AUGCAUGACUUUUAUUUUAGAUGGAGUAAUAUUCUAUUUUAGUAUCAACUAAUUUAUAUUCAACUCAAGAGUAAAGCAGGUUUGAUCAGUAGUAAGUAAGCAGGUUAAAUAAGUCAUUAUGUCCAAGUUUUUAUGUCCUUCUCACCAUCACUCAACAGGUAUGCAUCCCACAUGUUGACAAAGAAGCUCCCCCCCCUGCAGAGUUUUCUGUCACGGUUUUCCAGACAUACCAGUCACCUUGCCCGACAGCAGUAUGAUGUCAUUGUUGUUGGUGGGGGUCACGCAGGAACUGAGGCGGCGGCAGCUGCAGCCAGAGUUGGAGCUGAGACACUGCUUGUCACACAGAAAAUACAAACCAUUGGUGCUCUGUCCUGUAACCCGUCUCUGGGAGGAGUAGGGAAAGGACAUUUGGUGAAGGAGAUCGAUGCUCUGGAUGGGCUGUGUGGUCGAGCAGGAGACUGGGCUGGGAUCUUUUUCUCCAUCCUGAAUCGUAGAAAAGGACCUGCUGUGUGGGGUCCAAGGGCCCAGCUGGACCGGCAACAAUACCGGGAAUUCAUUCAGUCUGAGCUGCUGUCCACUCCCAGGCUGACGGUGUUGGAGGGCUCAGUGGAGGAGCUGCUGGUAUCAGAACCAAACCCAGAAGAGCCGGGGCACCACAGAGUCACUGGGAUACAUCUGGCAAAUGGAAGCCAGCCGAUCUCAGCCAGCUCCGUGGUUCUUACUACUGGAACUUUCUUGUCCGGCUCCCUCUUCAUGGGCCAAAGCACGUCCCCCGGGGGCCGGAUUGGAGACGCUCCAUCCAGCGCUGGGCUGUCUUGGACACUGAGGGAGAGGCUGGGGCUCAGGACAGGCAGACUGAGGACUGGUACCCCUCCCAGGAUUGUGAAGGACUCAGUAGACCUUUCCCUGGUUGAGGUUCACCCCCCUGACAGUCAUCCAACUCCAUUCAGCUUUCUCAACAAAAACAUACGCUGCAAGCCUGAAGACCAGCUGCCUUGCUACCUGACCCACACUACUCCAGGUGUAGAGAAAGUGGUGAGGGAGAGUCUUCAUCUCAACUGUCAUAUACAGGAAGACGCCAAGGGUCCCAGAUACUGCCCGUCCAUUGAGUCCCGAGUGCUUCGCUUCCCAGGCCGACAGCACCAGGUGUGGCUGGAGCCUGAGGGGUUGACCUCUGACCUUUUGUACCCUCAGGGUCUGUCAAUGACCAUGCCCCCAGACGUGCAGCUACGCCUCAUCAGAGAAAUCCCUGGCCUGCACAGAGCAGAGAUCCACACGCCGGGUUAUGGUGUGCAGUAUGACUUUGUGUGUCCAACCCAGCUGAGCCCUGCCCUGCAGGUGAAAAGCACCCAGGGGCUUUUUCUGGCAGGUCAGAUUAAUGGAACAACAGGAUAUGAGGAGGCUGCUGCACAGGGCCUGUGGGCGGGGGUGAACGCAGCACGCUGGGCGCUCUCCAUGCCUGCAGUGGCAUUGUCUCGAACAGAGAGUUAUAUAGGAGUUCUCAUUGAUGAUCUGGUGAGUCGAGGCGUUACAGAGCCGUACCGCAUGUUCACCAGCCGGGCUGAGUUUCGAACCUCUCUGAGGCCAGACAAUGCUGAUCUCCGCCUCACUCUGAAAGGGUUUGAGGAGGUGGGAUGUGUGUCGGCUCUGCGCUACCAGGAGGCUGUGAGAGUGAGGGACAGUCUGCAGGAUGCAAUGGCCGCCCUGCAGGCUCUCACCCUGUCCACACCCAUCUGGAGAAAAAAGCUGCCUGACAUGCGCAUGAGUGAGAACAAGAACACCUUAGUUAAUGGUAUGGAGGUGCUGCAGUACAACGAUGUGUCCUUUGAAAUGUUGGCAUCUGCUUUCCCUGAAUGCCUUUCAUCUCACAAAGAAUUUGCACAAAGAAUCAAGAUAGAGGCUGUGUACAGGCCUCACUGUCAACUGCAGAAGAAAGAGAUUGAGAGGAUUCAGAAGGAGGAGAACAUGUCCCUCCCUCAGGACAUAGACUAUUUCUCUCUGCCGGUGUCUUUGUCUCAGGAAGUCAGAGAGAUUUUGGACAGAGUUCGACCCACCACUCUGGGUGCCGCUACACGUUUGCAAGGUAUAACACCUGCUGCUAUCGUCCAUCUCCUGAACUACGUGCGCCACAGGGGACAAGAAGAGAGAAGAACACACAGACAGCAACCAGAAAAAAGGGAGGAGAGAGAAGAGGAGCUGGCUGCAAGAAAUGCAUCUUUACCUCAGUGAAAUGAUGACUCGUAAAAUGUUUUGUAAAAAUAUUUAUAUUCUUGAAAAUGUACAAAAGAAUAAGUUAAGGUGUCUUUUUAUUUUUUUCUUGAGAUGGAAAACUCUUAAUAUUGUAAAAAAAAAAAAAAAAG